AUGAUCGGGGUCAUCAAGAAGGUAUGGCCAUAUAUGUUGUCACCCCUGGUUGCUGGCCCUGAUUCAGUUACGAUUAUUACACCAAGCCCUGAAGUUGUUGCUGCCAGCGCUAUCAACGGGGAAAUUUCGGGUCCGGGCUGGUGGCAGAAGCCUGAAGGAGUAGAAAACGUUAUUAUUGGCGAAGGGAGCGGCAAACCCAUCGUUGCUCGCUCUUUUGAGGAUGCUUUUGAUAAGCUUCUCGAUGAUGCAGAGGGGCAUGAUGAUCGCAAUUGCUGA